AUGAGGGAAGACUUAUUCGAUAAAUUGUUAGGAAAAUUGCUUGAAGUCGAUCCGGAAUGGCAUCAACGUCCGGAUGCAACCGGUACUAUGGGGCAUUCUCCGCAUAUGAAAUUAGUUGCGGUGAUGAAAUGUUUAUGCAAAAGUACGCUAGCUGAUAGUGUUGACGAUUACACUCGUAUGGGUGCCACCACAAUAUACAAGUAUCUAAAAAGAUUUUUCCACACCGUUUGCAUGACUUUUGGAGAAAGAUAUUUGCGUGAUCCCACUCCUGAAGAUGUUCAGAGGUUGUUAGCUGACAAUGCGGACCGAGGUUUUCCUGGAAUGCUUGGUAGUGUUGAUUGUAUGCAAUGGCCAAGGAAGAAUUGUCUGGUAGCUUGGCAAGGAACUUACGGGGAUAAAGAUAAAGAGAGUAGUUUGGACUAUCUUGGACAACAAAGGAUGCGUAUCGUACAAAUAUGUAACACAACACUUGUUAAAAUUGUAGGACUAUCUUGGACAACGAAGGAUGUGUAUGGUACAAAUAUGUAA